AUGCUCCAACUCAAAGUGACCGUUGUCAAAUGUUCCAAUCUCCCCGCGAUGGAUUCCUUCUCCAAAAGUUGUGAUUCCUAUGUCAAACUUUGGGUCAUUAACUACAACGAUUCACACAUGUAUCCAAAUACUGACACUUGGCAUGAGCCUUCCGAUCCUUCUCUCAUCAAGAAAACCAAAGUGGUCAAGAAGAAUUUGAAUCCAGUCUUUGAAAAUGAAAGUUUUGUAUUCGAUUAUCCAAGUUUUGAUUUGGCAGGAGAUUCAUCACCAGCAAAUUUGGAUCCAAUGGAUUCCUUGUUGAUGGUCAAAGUGAUGGAUUAUGAUCGAGUUACGAGAGAUGAAGAGAUUGGAUUUGUCAUGUUGCAAUUCUUUGGCAUGAAUCUCAAACUCGGUGAACGAUUGCAGCAAACUUUCGAAUUGGUCGGUGCCAAAUCUGGAACGAUCGAAUUGGCUAUCGAAGCCAUCCAAUCCAAUUCUUCCAUCUCUCAGAGUCAACAAGAUUACAUCUCACCUCCACCCUAUCCACUUUCAACACCAAUUACUGAAUUAUUUGGUCCAACUUUUCUCACUAUUGGUCCUGUCAUUGGAGUUGUGAAAUCGACCACUGCUCGAGUAUUGGUGGAGUGUUCAAAGGCAACAACCUUAAACGUGGAAUGUAUUGAAAUUGAGCCAAGAAGUCACAUUGGGAUCAAAAAGGAGUAUCUAGAAAAGAUGGAAUGCAUCACACACUCUGAAAACACACUCGGAAAGUCCUACAAGGAAUUAAUGUGUAAGAGCCUGAUGGGUCGACUCUUAAAGUCAACCACUGGAGGCUCUAUUUCGAGUUCCGACUUUGUUAACAAUAAGACGAUUAUUCUCAAAAUGGUUCACGUUCCGAAAAGUAAUUCUCCACAUGUUUUCACAUUGGAUGGAUUGAAACCUGAUCAUGUCUACAUGAUUCGCUUUACAAAUAUUUACAAUAGAGAUCACAGAAUUGGAAUUAUCAAAACAAUGGCUGAUGACUCGUUGGUAGUCUCAUCGAUUCAAAAAAAGGGUGCUGUUCCACACUUUCUCAAUGUUGCAUGUUUGAGUUGUAAUUUUAUUGAACGUAGAAAUCCUGAGAAGGAUGUCUGGCAACGUUUUUUGGAAAAAGUCGAUCAAAUCGAUAUUCUACUUCAUAUGGGAGAUCAAAUCUAUGCUGAUUUUGGUCACAAUGCAUUCGAUGAAGGCAUGAAAAUUUGUAAAGGACGAACACUUGUAUCACCUCAAGAAGAAGAAGCCAUUAAGGAAAAUUUCAGAAAAUAUUAUCGACUCAAUUGGAAUCAUCCUGCUACUAGAAGAUUCAUUUCACAAGUGAGCAAUUUAAUGAUUUUGGAUGAUCACGAAGUUCGUGACGAUUGGGGAUCGAACGACGUAGACAAACGAAGAGACACUCCAGAAUAUUACGUUGGAUUAUUGGCAAGACAAGUAUAUUGGGAGUAUCAACGUGCAUUGCGUGAGGAUGUUGAUGAUGUCCGAGCAAGAAUGACAAACAAACAUGAAGCGUAUUAUCACAUUAUUGGAGAUGUUGGAAUUUUGGUGUUGGACUUGAGAGCGGCAAGAAGUUUUUUAGCAAGCAGUGCAGGAGAAAAGAUUUUCUUGGGAGAGGAUCAAUGGAAUGAUUUAAAUUCGUGGCUAUUUGGAACUCAGGGUUCUCCUCUUGCAACUCCUCAAAUCAAAUCUCUCAUUGUCGUUUGCUCCGUUCCAUUAAUUUUCCUUAAUAAGAAAUUAACAGAAGCGUUACCUAAAAUGAGAUCCGAUUUGGAUGAUUUUAGAGAUCAUUGGAUCUUUGGAAAACAAUAUCCAGAACAAAUUGAAUUGUUGGAAAUGAUUCGAAAAUGGCUUUCUUCACAUCCUAAUAGAAAUUGUGUGGUAUUGGGAGGAGAUGUUCACAUUGGAGGGUCCACCACCAUUAAAAAAGAUGGAAAAGUGGUGUGUGAGCAGUUGACCAGCAGUGCUGUCUGUAACGUUGAAAUGUCCUUCACAGAGAAUGCAGCUCUUAAAUUUAUGAUCAAAGUGAGUGACACCUUGAGAGAUGGAUGGACCUUUAAACAUCAUCAUUGGACUAAGGAUAAUAAUUAUGGAAUUAUACAUAUUGCUACAACCGAUAAGGAUGAAAAACCAAGUAUUAAUGCUUAUUUGAAUACUUUUGAAAAGUCUUACAUUUAUCAAUAG